GGAGGCCAGCGAGUCCCAGAUGGGCCGGCUCCUCCCUGCCCUGAUGCUGCUGCUGGCCCUGCUGCUGCCCCUGCUGUGGGCGGGGUCCCUGCAGGAGAAACCAGACUACUGGCUGAAGGUGGAGAAGUCUGUGACGGUGCAGGAGAACCUGUGUGUCCUGGUGCCCUGCUCCUUCUCCUACCCCCAAGGCUGGAACCACUCUGACCCUGUUCGCGGCUACUGGUACCGGCAGAGGGAGGAUGGGAAAGUUGCCCAUACAACAGAUGAACUUGUGGCCACAAACGACCCGGGAAAGAAAGCUGGACUGAAAAGCAAAGCUGGUUUCCAGCUGCUUGGGGACCCCAGGGCCCACAACUGCUCCCUGAAGAUUGCAGGUGCCCAGAAGGGGGACAGUGGACGUUACUAUUUUCGGGUGGAGAGAGGAUCACUGAAGUACAGUUACCUUAGACCAAUGCUGACUGUGACUGUGACAGAGCUGACACAGACCCCGGACAUCCACAUCCCGGAGCCCCUGGUGUCGGGUCACCUCAGCCGCCUGCUGUGUUCCAUGCCCGGGACCUGCAGUGGGGUCAGGGCUCCCAGGUUCUCCUGGAAUGGAUCAUCCCUGAGACCCCCGGGGUCGGGCUUCGGGGUCCAUACCUCCUCAGAGAUCCUGCUUACUCCUCGCCCUGAAGAUCAUGGCACCCAACUCACCUGUCGGGUGACCUUCCCUCAGGCUGGUGUGACCAGGGAGAGGACUGUGCAGCUCAGUGUGUCCUAUCCUCCUCAGAACCUGACCGUCAGUGUCACCACAGCAGAUGACAGAGCCCCGGACGCCCAGGGCAAUGGCUCCCGUGUGGAGGCCCAGAAAGGCCAGCUCCUGCGGCUCCUCUGCGCUGCUGACAGCCGGCCCCCUGCCACGCUGACCUGGGACCUGGAGGGCAGAGUCCUUGCUCAGGCCCAAACCUCAGGAAGCAAACCUCUGAGGCUGGAUCUACCCGGGGUGAAGCCUGAGGACGCGGGGCGCUACAGCUGCCGGGCAGAGAACAGGCUGGGCUCCCAGCACAGCUCCCUGGAGCUCUCCGUGCAGUAUCCCCCGGAGGACCCGAGAGUGACAGUUUCCCAAGCAAACAGGACAGUCCUGGAAAUCCUCGGGAACGGCACAUCCCUGCCCAUGAUGGAGGGCCAGAGCCUGCGCCUGGUGUGUGCCACCCACAGCAGCCCCCCAGCCAGGCUGAGCUGGGCCCGGGGGACACAGCCCCUGAGCCCCUCCUGGUCCUCGGCCCCUGGGGUCCUGGAGCUGCCCCGGGUGCAGAUGGAGCAUGAAGGGGAAGUCACCUGCCACGCGGAGAACCCGCUGGGCACCCGGAGUGUCUCUCUCAGCCUCUCUGUGCACUAUGCCCCCCAGCUGCUGGGCCCCUGGUGCUCCUUGGAGGCUGAGGGUCUGGGCUGCAGCUGCUCCUCCCGGGCCCGGCCUGCCCCGUCCCUGCACUGGCGGCUCGGGGAGGAGCUGCUGGAGGGGAACAGCAGCAACGCCUCCUUCACAGUCUCCUCCAGCUGGGCCGGGCCCUGGGCUAACAGCUCCCUGAGCCUCCAUGGGAGACUGAGCUCAAGUCUCAGGCUCAGCUGUGAGGCAGGGAAUGAGCACGGGGCCCAGAGCACCACGGUCCUGCUGCUGCCAGCACGAAGACCCACAGGAAGGAAGACACCAGGACGGUGGCCUCUGGGGAGGACUCACCCCGUGCCCUUCGUCCUGUGUGCAGGGAUAUAGCUCAAUCCAGCAGCCAGAGCCUCACCUCAGGCCGAGCUCCUUCUCUAAGCCCAGUCAAAGACCCAGGCCUGACCACCACUUGUCUGUUUCCCCACUGCCGUCCCCAGGGCUUAAAAUAAAGAUCACAUAAAAGUCAGCCAAGGGAAGAGGUCUGAGGGAGCAGGAGUGAGCUCAGGGCUCUCCUCUCCCAGCAGCGGACACAGGGGGCGCUCAGUCCUGUCAGCACCAUGGUGACAACCCACAGGGAGCGAUGCCCACACGGAAGCCACCCGAGCCUGUGGCCCAGGGCUGUGUUGGUGGCCGGUCACUCUGACAGUGUGCACUCCCGUGACUGACCUUAGUCACCUUUGCUGCUCCAGAGGCCAAACUGCUGCCACAUCACAGCAGCCAAACAGCUGGACUGGCCUGCAGCUCCCUGGGGUCAGCGAUGCUUCUGUCCAGCAGGACGCGGCCAGGGCUGCAGGGAGAGGCCCCCUCCCCACAGCUGCACCAAGGGUCCACCCCGCCUUGGGCCAGGCGCAGCUUUCACUGCACGGCGUCCUCUGUCCCCUGGGCGCCCAGCACAGCGGCCCCACCGUGUCCACCUGAGUCUGAGCAGCCCAGAGCUGCCCGGGGCUGUGCGGGCUGAGCCAACCCUGCUGUCUGUGCUCCGCCCCUCCCCUGCGCACCUGUCACACCUGGCUGUUAGACAGUA